AGCGACAACAUCGUGGUUUGUUUGUCACCAUUAAAAAAAAAAAAAAAAAAAAAAGGCGACGAGAGGGGAACUUCGAAGGGUGAGACAAGAACUCAAAUCAUCAAUUUUGAUCGAGAAACGAGAAAAGGUCCAACAAGAUGUUGUCGGACGCAGACUACCCGGGGAACGGCUCCGGUGCCCGGCGAGCCAAGAGGAGGAGCUCCGGGGAGUCGCCGGCCGACGGCCAGGCCCUGCGCUCGUCCGGGAGGCAGACCAACGUCCGGGUCAAGCGGGCCAACAACCCUCCUCCUGGACAGAGCAAAAGGAAAGCGACGGACACGGAAGAGGAAGACGACCAGUCGGAGAAGAAAUACAGAAAAUGUGAGAAGGCGGGCUGCUCGGCCACGUACCCCGUCUGUUUUGCGAGCGCUUCCGAAAGAUGUGCUAAAAAUGGAUACACGUCUCGCUGGUACCACCUUUCGUGCGGCGAGCACUUUUGCAACGAGUGCUUCGAUCACUACUACCGAAGUCACAAAGACGGCUACGAGACGUACGCGGCGUGGAAGAAAGCGUGGACGAGCAACGGCAAAACCGAGCCCAGUCUCAAGGCCUUCAUGGCAGACCAGCAGCUUCCCUACUGGGUGCAGUGCAAUAAGGCCGACUGCAGCAGGUGGCGCCAGCUGACCAAGGAGAUCCUGCUGACGCCCUCGCUGGCGGCCACGUUCCGCUGCGGCACGAAGCUCGACAACGUCAAGAGCGAAGGCCCGGACCAGUGCUCCCAGCCAGAAGACCUGAGGGUGGCGGAGGUGACGGACAGCUGGUGGCACUCGAUGCUCAUCCUGCCGCCGCUGUUCAAAGACAGCCCGGCCGCGCCCUUCCUGGCCGCCUACUACCCCGACUGCGUGGGGAUGAGUCCGUCCGGCUCUCCCGGCGGCGCGGCGCUGAGCGAGCUGAGGGCCGACCACCGCAGAGCCGUCCGGCCCCAGAUCGCAGGCCUGUGUCCGUACUUCCAGCCCUUCUACCAGCCCAACGAGUGCGGCAAGGCUCUGUGCGUCAGGCCCGACAUGAUGGAGUUGGACGAGCUUUACGAAUUCCCCGAAUUUUCCCGCGAUCCCACCAUGUACCUGGCGUUGCGCAACCUCAUUCUGGCCUCGUGGCACAAAAACUGCAAGGAGGUGCUGACGGUGGAGAAGUGCGUCACGCAGGUGGUGGUGCGGGGGCUGGUGAGGGUGCGCUGCGUCCAGGAGAUGGAGCGCGUGCUGCACUUCAUGACCAGGAAGGGCCUCGUCAACACGGGCGCGCUGGCGGUCCAGCGCCCGCUGCUGCCCGAGAGGCAUCGCCCGAGGAACGUCAUCGUGAUCGGCGCGGGGGCUUCGGGGCUCGCCGCUGCACGCCAGCUGCACAACUUUGGCGCUCAGGUGCUGGUGUUGGAGGCCCGCGAGAGGAUCGGCGGCCGCGUGUGGGACGACACGGCGCUGGGCGUCGUGGUGGGGCGGGGGGCUCAGAUCGUCAACGGCUGCGUCAACAACCCCGUCGCCCUCAUGUGUGAGCAGAUGGGCGUCCGCAUGCACAAGCUGGGGGAGCGCUGCGACCUGAUUCAGGAGGGCGGGCGGGCCACCGACCCCGCCAUCGACAAGCGCAUGGACUUCCACUUCAACGCCAUUCUGGACGUGGUGUCGGAGUGGCGGAAGGACAAGUCGCAGAUCCAGGACACGCCGCUCGGAGAAAAAGUGCAGGAGCUUAAGAAGAACUUUCUUCAGGAGUCCGGCAUCCAGUUCAGCGAGCUGGAGGAAAAAGUGCUUCAGUUUCACCUCAGCAACUUGGAGUACGCCUGCGGCAGCUCCUUAAGCCAGGUUUCUGCGAGGUCCUGGGACCACAACGAGUUCUUCGCGCAGUUCUCAGGAGACCACACGUUGCUCACCAAGGGCUACGCCGCGCUGCUCCACAAACUAGCCGAGGGCCUCGACAUCCGCAAAAAGUGCCCGGUGAAGUCUGUGGACUACUCAGGCGAUGUCGUCAGAGUGACUUGCUCCAACGGCUCGCAGUGGACAGCGAAAAAGGUUUUGGUGACGGUGCCGCUGACCUUGCUGCAGAAGAACUUCAUCCAGUUUGUGCCGCCGCUUCCGGACAGGAAAAUGAAAGCCAUCCACAGUUUGGGAGCCGGCAUCAUCGAGAAGAUCGCACUGAAGUUCCCGUUCAGAUUCUGGGACAAGAAGAUCCAGGGGGCGGACUACUUCGGUCACAUCCCGCCGACUCCCGACAAGCGAGGCAUGUUCACCGUCUUCUACGACAUGGACCCGCAGGGCAAGCAGGCCGUGCUCAUGUCCGUCAUCGCCGGGGACGCCGUCGCCGCCGUGCGGGACAUGCAGGACAAGGACGUCGCCGCCGAGUGCGUCAAGGUGCUGCGGGAACUCUUCAAGGAGCAGGAGGUUCCGGAACCCCUGCACUUCUUGGUCACACGCUGGAGCAAAGACGCCUGGUCGCAGAUGUCCUACAGCUUCGUGAAGAUGGGCGGCAGCGGCGAGGCGUACGACGUCAUCGCCGAGGACGUCCAGGGAAAAUUGUUCUUCGCCGGCGAGGCCACCAACCGACACUUCCCUCAGACCGUGACCGGCGCCUACCUGAGCGGGGUCCGAGAAGCCAGCAAGAUGGCCGCCGUCUGAGAUUUGCGCGGGCGCGCUCCCGACCGGCCGGCACGGACGACACGGGUCGAAAAGGCCGCCCGACCGCGUCACGCGCAGACAAACGCAAACGGCGCGUCGGUCGGCCACCAUCCGAAGGGCUUCAAAGAAACUCUGCCGCCGAAUCCCAACACGUCGUCAAGAAAGCUGCCCGGGCUCGGCCCGAAAACGUGGUUCGACUCACCGUUAGGGCUCACCAGAGUGGUUGUUUCAAGUUGUUUGUUUGUGUCUACCCAGCGUUUAUUACGACUGGUGUCGUCUUUUUGUGUCUAGAAGUCACAAGUAAAACGUUUUGGGGUUGGUUUGGUGGGAGGCCUGUUGGAGCCACAGCAGGAGCGAGUGAUACGACGUCAACGGCAAACUCCUCACACACGCAAAAGAAUAUUGCGCUUUGGGCGGAAAUUUCAGUAGUAAUAUGACAGACUUUUUACUUUCUCAGGGAUGACAUCAGGACAGGCAGUAAUUCACGUGUUUAGCAAAAAAAAAAAAAAAAAAGAUCAAUGUUAUCCAUCGUGUCAUCUCCGAGUGAUGAUUUCAAAGUUGGUCAACCGCACAACAAGAUCGCCGUCCCUGAUGUUUGUCCAAUGUUCUCAUUUUUUCGCACCCCCCGUGUGCGACAUUUGUAGAAAAUAUCUUGGUCACACGUCUUGGCGCUUAGUAUUUAUCUGCACGUGAAAUAAAUCUUUCUGCAAAAUGCCGUGAGUCUUGUUGCGAGUGUUGAGGUCGCCAACAAAUUACAAAAUAGUUGAACGAUAAUGUUUAGCCACUAUAAAAUGUGGACUGUGGGGAAAAAAAAAAAAAAAAUUCCCGAGUUAAAUAAAGUACUGGUGGUAGUAGAAUGAAACAAGUAAAUUGACAUGUUUACUGGA